AUGGACGAUUCAGUUAGGUCCUUGAUUAGGUUUGUCAGCAGGGGGUUCUAUAGCACUCCAUAUGUCUUGAUACUAGAUGCGAUAUUGAGACACUCGGUGCUAUCAGAAGACGACUUGAUCCAUUUAAUUGGUAUUAAACGAAAAGAGCUCCGUUCGCUAUGCAACAGGUUGGUGGAGGACAGGUUGUUGGUAAACCAUAUUCAAAGAGAAGAGAAUGGCCAGCAAAAGUACAUCACGAGAACGUACUUUUUCAUCCACGUCACCGAGGCCAUCGAUUCGAUCAAAUGGAAGGUUCACUCGAUUGUCAAUAGCUUGAAAGAAGAAAUGAGCAGUUUCGGCAACCCUCAGGGCUACAUGUGUCCUCGAUGCGGCAACAAAGUGUCGCAGUUGGAUGCCAUCUCCUUGUUGAGCGAGGAUAGAACAGAGUUUAUAUGCGAUGUUUGCCAAGGCGUCUUGGUGGAAGAUGACUCUUCCCAACAAGCAAUGUUGAAGCAGGAGAAAUUGGAGAGCUUGAUGCUUCAAAUCGACCCCAUCAUUAGAUAUCUCAAGAAAAUCGACGACACACAAGUUCAAGACAACGACUUUGAAAGCAGCUUAUUACAGGCAAUCCCCGCGCAAUCUGCUUCCACGGCGCAGUAUACCUUGUCGAAUCGUAUCAGCUCGAAAUCGAGAUCAAAUGCUCAAGCGUUACAGAAUGCCACAGCCAGAUCGCAAGCAACGUUGCAUGUUUCCAUCACAGCCAACGAUGAGAAUUAUGAGCGCGAACAGAUGGAAAAGGAAAGACGAAGACAAAAAUUGGAACAAAAUGCUUUGCCCUCGUGGCAUUCUGCCAGUACCGUUGACAAUAAGCAACGAAAUAUGGACUACAUGCGUGAUGACGACGACGACGACGAUGGCGGCGAUGAAGAUGACCUAGAAGGAGCAGACGGGAGUGCUGCUAAAGUUGAACUCAAAACAGAAGGUGAAGGAACCGCUGAAGCUGACGAGGGCAACUCUACUGAAAUCUCGUCGGUGUUGCCUACACCAGAACCAGCAAACAACAACUACAACAACAACAACAAUAACAACGGUGCUGCAACUUCGUUUGCUAAUGGUGGUACCAAUGCUCCCGAUGCCAAAGACAGAGAAGCACAAGAUGCAUUGGCAGCUUAUUAUGCCCAAUUAGCUGAGCAAGAAGGGGAAGAAGAUGACGACGACGACGAUGACGAUGACGAUGACGAUGAUGACGAUGAUUUUGAUGAUAUAGUAUAG